AUGACCGAUAUAUAUGUUGAUCAGUGGGCAACAAAAAAUAAUUAUACGAGUUAUUUUGAUCAAUGCGCUCCUUCAUUAUGCACAUAUUCCACAACUGAUCCAUUAAAUUUCUCGUAUAUCAUCAGUCUUUUAUUGAGUCUGUAUGGUGGUCUCACUGCCAUAUUUCGCUUGAUAGCACCUUUGUUAAUCAAUAUCGCCUUGAAACUGAAACGUCAAUUGAUCAAAAGCAUGAUGAAGUGUGAACUAUAUUUCAAAUCUAUUCGUCAUUCGAUUUCGUGGAUAAGACAGUUGAACUUGUUCAAAUUGGCUACUAAUCGAACAAUGGAUGAGAUCAAAGAACAACGCAUAAUCACCCGUUGCUAUUUAGUUUUAUUCGCAAUUUCUGUGUCGAUCCUUAUUGUUUUUACUACUAUCAAUGCUAAAACAAAUACAGUGACUGUAUCAAAUCCGUCAUUAAACACAUACAAAGAAUUGCAGAACUCGUAUUCGAGUACACUAAAAUGUGCUUGUUCGGAAAGCGCAAUGCAUUAUGAAACUUUUGUUUCAUUGUCACCCAUAUUUCAUCAAGUAUGUCCAAGCGAUUUGGUGAGCGAUCCAUGGAUUUCAUGGCUUGUAGAAAGCCUAUCAAUAAGCAUGAACGAUAAUGUGUGGCUUUACACCUCUGGCUCGUACUUUGAACAGUUGGCGGCUCUCUGUCAACUCGCUAAUACGACGGCUAACGACGAUAUUCGUGCUUUUCUCGCGCGAACUCUUGCUACUUCGCAUGUGCUCAACACAGAUGACUUUAAUACUCAAUUAAAUACAACCAUCAAUCAACUGAUCGAAUCGACUGUCAUCAAUUUUGGUCUUUUCAUCAAUAUGACACGUCUUUUCAUGCAAGUUGAUCAACCAUUGACAUUUUCAUUUCGUCUCAAUGCUAUUCAGCAAAGCUUUUCGAGUGAUCGAGUAUGUCAAUGUGCUCAUGAUAUGCAUUGUCAAGGUGAAACUGAUUUCAUACCAGACGAUUUAAAUUCAUUGGUGGAAUAUUCAGACUCCAGUUCUCCAGAGAACAGCAGUGGCUACACCAUGUUAGACCUCACCUCUUCAGAGAACAGCAGCGACGAUACGACGUCAGACUUCAGCUCUCCAGAGAAUGUCAGUGAUUACACUACACCAGCCUCUGGCUCUGCAGAGAGCAGCAUUGGCCACACUACGCCAGCACCCAAUUCUUCAGGGAGCCGCAAUAAAUAUACCACGUCUGACUUCAGUUCUCCAGAGGAUAUCAGUGAUUACACUACACCGGACUUCGGUUCCGCAGAGAGCAGCAUUGGCCACACCAUGUCAGCGCCCAAUUCUUCAGGGAACAGCAAUAAAUAUACCACGUCCGACUUCGGUGCUCCAGUGAGCAGCAGUAAAUACUCGGCACCGGGUAUAGUUAAAGGCUGUUAUAUUAUUGAUUCAGUUCUUCUCUCGACACUCGAAUGUUUCUAUGCGGAUUCAAAAUAG